AAUGUAAGAUAAUAUUAUUGCUGAUCGUAUGGCACCUUAUCUUUAGUUAUAGAUGUAUGCUAAGUUUACAUAAUUGGCUGUGAAGAAUUCCUGUGUAAAUAUGGGAUAAGGAUUUCCAAAUUUUCCACCACCUUAAUUUUUAAGAUAAGCAAUUGCAGAAGAAGCAUUAACAGAAACUUUAUAAUAUACAAUAACAGCUGGACAUCCAAGACUAUUAAAAGCAGCUUCUGAAUUUUUUGAUAAACAUAUGGGAGUCAAAGUAGAUAUUGCAAAAGAGAUAGUGGCAAGUUCUGGUGCAUAAUCAGUAUUAGCUUGUAUUUUCUAAGCUUUACUUAAUCCAAAUGAUGAAGUAAUAUGUUUUGACCCUGCAUUUGGUAUUCAUUAAUAAGAUAUCAAGAUUUUUAUCGACCCUUAAUUGAAUUCUAAGGUGCUAAACAUGUUGGUGUUCCAUUAAGACCAAGUCAAUUAAAUAGUAAAGCUAGUAUAUUGAACAGAUUUGAAAAUGGCAAAAUAAAAUUUUCAAAAGAAGAUGAAUGGCAUUUAGAUUAUGAUUAUCUUGAAUAAAAAUUAAAUGAUAAGACUAAAAUGAUAAUUGUGAAUUCACCAUAAAAUCCAAUUGGAAAGUAAUUAAUAAAUGUAAUAUAUUUUUUAGAGUUUUUUCAGUUGAAGAAUUAGAUAGAUUGGCAGAAAUAUUAGAAAAACAUCCAUAAGUAAUUGUAUGUGAAGAUGCUGCAUAUCAUCAUGUUGUAUUUGGUGAUUAUUAACCAUUUUCAUAUCCUAGAUGUAUAACUCAUCCAAAAUUAAAAUCUAAGACUGUAUGUGUAACAAGUGCAGGUAAAAUGUUUUCAGCUACAGGAUUAAGAGUUGGAUUUGCAAUAGGAGAUGAAAAAUAUAUAAAAGGAAUAAAAUCUGCUUAAACCUAUCAUAAUUUUUGUUUGAAUCCUAUAUUAUAAACUGCUACAGCUAAAUGUUUAGAAUAAACUAUUGAUGGAUAAUACUUUACAGAAAUAAGAGAUUUAUAUGAAGAAUAAUCAACAAUGUUAUUAAAGGGUUUAAUUGAAAGUAGAUUGAAUUUACAUUGUUGGGUUCCAUAAGGAGGAUACUUUUUAGUUACAGAUAUUACUGAUGUAGAAAUACCAGAAAAAUAUUUUAAAGAUGAUUAAGAUGGUCAUUAACUUACUAAAGAUUUUGCUUUUGCAUAUUAUAUGGCUAAUGAAAUUGGAGUAGUUUGUAUUCCUUGUUCUCCUUAUUUUGAAAAUAAAGAAUUGGGUUCUAGAUUUGUAAGAUGGGCAUUUUGUAAGACAACAGAAACUAUAUAAGACGCAUGUAAUCGUUUAAAAUGAG